GCGACUAUUCCUACUAAUGGCAAAACUCCUAAUCCUCCUAAAAUCCAAGAAGGAGAAGCUAUUGCCCAAGAAAUUACGCAAUUAUUAGCACUUAAUCCCACCCAAUAUCAACGUUUACUCUUUUACGAAAUAACUCCGCGGAAUAUCCAAGAAGCCUUAAAUAACCCUUUGCCACUGAAUAAAGAUUUGGUGGAAGCCCAAGUUUCCCGGCAAAUUCUUGACCGGAUGAUUGGUUUUUGCCUAAGCACCAUUUUACAAAAAAAAAUCCACGCUUUAUCAGCGGGUCGAGUGCAGUCCGUAGUUUUGAAACUAGUGGUAGAGCGGGAAUUGCUGCUCCGAAAAUACGAAAAAAAAAAAGAUUACAUUAUUUGUGGUAUUUGCCAAUUAAACGAGCAAAAAAUAACCCUUAAACAAAAAAAAGAAAAAGGGAUUAAUGUUCAGGGUGCUCAUGAGGCUAUUCAUCCCACUUAUCUUGAUUAUUAUCCCCAGGAGAUUAAAAGCUCUCUGACGCCGGCGGAACACCAGCUAUAUAAAUUAAUAUUUAACCAUACCUUGGCUAGUUUAAUGAGUCCCGCCCAAGUCAAUAAAAUUACUUACAGUUUUCUUAAUAAUAAUUACUAUUUUGCUACUAGUGAAAGGAUUUGCCAAUUUGCUGGCUUUUUGGCUUGCGCUCCUGAAUUUUACUUUCCUAAUUAUAAUGUGAGAUUAAAAAGCGAGUUGGAAAAUAUUACUCAAUUAGAGGCACAAAAAAUCGAAAUCCAAGAAUAUAUGGACAAAAAACCUGUGCGCUACAAUGAGGGAAGUCUGGUUCAAGAAUUAGAGAAAUUAGGCAUUGGUCGUCCUUCUACUUAUAAUACUUUUGGUCGCUUACUAAUCAAAAGAGGAUAUGUAGAGUUAGACCCCAAAGGGCACUUUAUUCCGACGGAAUUAGGAUUUUCGGUUAAUAACUGA